AUGUCUUUAAUCCCUUCUUCAAUAAUUAAUUUGUUUUUAAUAAGCAAUAUUUUUGUGUCUUUGGUUAAUGGGAUUUUCGAUGACCAUAAAACCUUGAUUUUCCACCAUUGUUCUUCCCAAAAGCUGGAUUAUAUUAAUGGCGGUCAAAACGUUGAUGCAAGAACGAAGCUUUUUGAGAAGCUACAUUUUCAAUCUUUUCAUUCCAAAUUUAACAGCACAUUUGUCAUGGUUGAUGAUGAAUCUGAAUCCUCAUUUUCAGGGUUUUUUCAAUGCCGUCAAGAUCUUGAUGUGCCGCGAUGUAAUGAGUGCAUGAAAGCCUUCCGAAAUGUAUCAAAGGGCUUAUGUGGUAAUUCCAUGGCGGCAAGGAUUCAACUGUCAGGAUGCCAAGUACAAUAUGAAGCAGACAAAUACAAUGCCAUUUUCAGCCUUCAUGAAGAAUUAAACCACAACAAGUGCGGAGAAAAGCAAUAUUUAAUCUCAAAUAAGUAUUUUCAUCAAAUUAGAAGCAAAGCAUUUGAGGCAUUAGAAAGUGAAAUAGCGGGAGGCCGAGGCUACAAUGGGUUUUAUUCUAUUAAAAAUGAAGGAUUCAAGGCUAAUGCUCAAUGUGAAGUGGGAAUAGAUGAGUGUAAAUGUGCAAAAUGUGUUGUUGAAGCUGUUGAGGUUAUUCAACAACUUCCGGACUGUGAGAGUUCCAUUGAUGGACAGCUUUUCUUGGGAUUGUGUUAUUUAACCUAUCACUUUAACCCCCGUGAUCUGCGUGAUCAUCAAGAAGAAGAACAACCAGGAGCUCCUUUUGGAAAGGUGGCUGCAAUUGUAAUAGGAAGUGUACUUCUUCUGUUAGUUGCCUUCAUGUUACUUCGUUGCCUAAACAAGAAAGAUGAUGAUUAUUGAUGAAUUGAUCACAGGCUUAGGAGGACACGCAAAGUUUAGUUUUGGAGCCAUUUUUUCUUAAUUGCAGAUCGGAUAUACAUGUGCACACUACAUUAGCAGUUAGCACUCUUCAUUCUAACAAUUUUCCUG